AUUGUCGCCGGCGAGUUUGACAGUAAAAUUUCUGUGUCUUCCACCAAUCUAUGACUCCUGAAAUGUAUCUUUGUUUGGCAGUUUGAUACUUUUUAUUGGUCAAAGUCCGAACGUUCGUAACUUGAACCAAAGAAAGGACAAUGCUACCGUUUACACUGAAUCAGGUGCUGUUACCUGAUACAAUUAAAACCGUUCCAACUCCCCAAAACAAAUUGCGUCAUAGACAAUUUAAGGUAUGAGUCAUGAUCACAAGAUCAGCGCGUGCACCAUUCUUCUCUCUUCGGCUCUUUUCGUCUCGGGAGACGGUUACGCACAGACAUAGGGGUGUCCAUAGAUUUUUACGGGGAAACACCCCCAGUUCGUACAUUUAGUUUGAUCUGCAUCGUCCAAUACAUGGAAAGAACACCCCUCUACUCUCUGUAGUGGUUUAGUCCCAGACAGAUAUAAGCUCACUGUCAAAAGACUUGGUGUCAGGUGAUCACCUGACACCAAGUCACGCUGUACAUUUUAGCAGUCCCCAGGUGCAAUUCUGUACUUCUAAAGAACAGAUUCAGAGGUAGAACCACCUUCAACUGGCUGAGGACAUCUCGUUUUCUAUUUGGUAGUAGAGAAAGAAAACGUCAUUUAAGGGACCAUUGACGUGGCUGUUCCGUAAGACCAUGGAAAGGACUGCUCAAGAAACCAUGGACAUGACUGCUGAAGAUACCAUGGACGGAGUUGUAACUCCACAAGCGCCCACCAGAGUCUGGAAUCGCCUCCUGUCCGUCUGGCACUCCAAACCGGUGCAGAUCCAACUUUUGCGGAUUACCUUAAUCUUGUAUAUGACAGGUCUUGUCAUGGACAUCGUGCUGGCAACACGUUACUACUACAGUGGGGAUUUUCAUUGGUUUGGCUGGACACUGGGGUUUAUGCUUGCACCAUCAAUUGUGAUGAGUGUUCGUUCAGGACUUGGCAUUGAAACUGUAGAGAAUAACGUGAGUAGGUGUGACAGUUUUUUGUUAUACAUUCUGCAGUUGGCUAUGCCAUUAAGGUAUUUUGACAUCCUCCAAAUGUUAUCUAGUGACAAUAGACAAGUGGACGACAGUCGCAUGUUAAGGCUCUGUCAUGCACACCUUGUGAUAGCCAUGUUGAAAGGCAUGCCGCAACUGAUUCUAAAGAUCUACAUCAUUGGCUCCAGCCAAGAAGAGGUCACUGUCCUGGAGGUCAUCUCCAUGGUGAUAUCACUACUGGCAGCUGCCAAGGCUGCAGUCACAUUUAUGUACUAUGACAGGGGACAUGACAAUGAUGUGCAAAGUAACCAUCAAUUUGUUAUCGUAUUAAUCAUUUGGAAAAUAGUUGAACUGAGCGUCCGUGCACUGAUUAUAGGCCUGUGUCUAUCGGCUGUCAUACAGAUCCCCAUCGUUGUUAUUGGCUUACACUGGCUGGCGAUGGUAUUUUCCCUCAAAUUCACCAUAGAAGACUAUAAAGAUGUCAUUGAGGGUGGUUUGUAUUUAGCCAUAGGUACAUUUAGCACAACAUUUUAUUGGAAAUAUACAAAUAUGCUUGUAUCAAACUCAGUCUUCACACUUGUGGGUAACUGGCUAAUGGGGAUUACCUGGAACGCAUGGCGCUUAGCUAAAUUCCAGUGGGAUUGGUAUAUUGUAUUGUAUAUUGUAUCAACCACGGUUCUCAUACCUGCAGGCUCAAUCUUAUCGUGUGUGCUUCUUGAUGCCGCUGCAGAUUUAAGAUUUCCAGGAUGUUCAUGGCCGUAGCCAGGAUUUUGGUUGGGGGGGUUCUUUUUAGUAAUUGUGGGACCAUCGAGCGCCGCAGGCGCGAG